CCACCGCAUUCCCCUCCCUACUGCCUCCCCCAUCCAUCGUCUCCGAAUUCCACUGCGCUGUCCCGCUCUCUUCUCGUCUCCUCUUCACUCCCUCUCCACCUCCUCGGAUCCCAAGCUGCGGCGGCGGCGGCGGCGGCGGCGGCGGCGGUUGGGGAGCUAGGGUUUAGCGCGGGGAGGAGCUAGGGUUUUGGGCCGCGGCGACGAGGAAGGGAUGGGGACGGCGGGGAAGGGCGCGUGGGUGGUGCCGGCGCCGGCGUACAGGGAGGUGAAGGGGUGGGAGGGCGUGGGGGACGACGCGCCGGGGUUCAGGUGCGGCCACUCGCUCACCGCCGUCGCGCCCACCAAGGGGCACGGCCCGCGGCUCAUCCUCUUCGGCGGCGCCACCGCCAUCGAGGCCGGCGCGUCCUCGGGCCUUCCGGGCAUCAGGCUUGCUGGGGUGACGAACUCGGUGCACUCGUAUUAUGUGGAGAAGCGAAGGUGGACAAGGUUACAUCCUGCUGGAGAGCCUCCAUCACCGAGGGCCGCACAUGCUGCAGCUACUGUGGGCACCAUGGUUGUUUUCCAGGGUGGGAUUGGGCCAGCAGGGCACUCGACGGACGAUCUCUAUGUCCUUGACCUGACAAAUGACAAGUUUAAAUGGCACAGGGUCGUUGUUCAAGGUGCUGGGCCUGGUCCUCGCUAUGGUCAUUGCAUGGAUUUGGUAGCUCAGCGUUAUCUUGUCUCAGUUUCGGCAAAUGACGGAAAGCGGGUCCUGUCAGAUGCUUGGGUUUUGGAUACAGCACAGAAACCAUAUAGGUGGCAGAAACUUAACUCUGAAGGCGAUAGACCUUCAGCGAGAAUGUAUGCUACUGCUAGUGCACGCUCUGAUGGCAUGCUUUUACUUUGUGGUGGAAGGGAUGCUUCUGGAAUGCCACUUUCUGAUGCUUAUGGACUACUAAUGCAUACAACUGGCCAGUGGGAGUGGACUCUAGCUCCAGGGAUAUCUCCAUCUCCAAGAUAUCAGCAUGCAGCUGUUUUUGUUGGUGUUCGGUUGCAUGUUACUGGAGGUGUCCUUAGAGGAGGGAGAGCUAUUGAAAAAGAGGGUGCAAUAGCAGUCCUGGACACGGCUGCUGGAGUUUGGUUGGAUAGAAAUGGUAUUGUGACUUCUCGCACUUUAAAGUCAUCCAAUGAGCAUGAUGCUUCUUCAGAUCUACUUCGUCGCUGUCGUCAUGCAGCUGCCUCUGUUGGUUCCCAGAUAUACAUUUAUGGUGGACUAAGGGGAGAUAUCCUCCUCGAUGAUUUCCUUGUUGCUGAGAAUGCACCUUUCCAAUCAGAAAUUACUUCCUCUAUGUACAAUGCUGAUAGAGUCCCGAGGGCGGAAAAUCAAAAUAGAAAUCAUAACUUUCAUUCAGAUUCUCCUGUUCAGCAAUCUGCAAAUAACAGACAAGAGGUAGCUUCUGGUUUCAGCACGGACAAGAGGUCAAUUGACAUGUUGACAGAGGCCUCAGCUGCCGAAGCUGAAGCUGUUAGCGCUGUAUGGCGAGCUGCUAGGGAAGCAUCUGCAGCAUCUUCAGAAGACAGUCUUUCAGAGGGAAUAGGUUCUGAGUCCCCACUGAGUGAAACUUCACCAAUGCCUGAAGAUUUAGAUGAUGGGGGCUCCCUAGAGCCAGAUGUGAAACUACAUUCUAGAGCAGUUGUAGUUGCUAGAGAAGCAGUAGGAGAUUUAGGAUGUUUGGUCCGUCAACUUUCACUGGAUCAAUUUGAGAAUGAAAGCAGACGAAUGCACCCUUCAAGCAAUGACCAAUCAUAUCCUGGCAGGAGAGCAUUAAAUAGACAAAGAUCACCACAAGGUUUGCAUAAGAAGGUUAUUUCCUUCUUACUUAAGCCAAGGAACUGGAAAGCUCCUGCUGAUAGGACCUUUUUUCUUGACUCCUACGAAGUUGGCGAGCUAUGCUAUGCUGCUGAGCAGAUUUUUAUGCAAGAACCAACUGUUAUCUUCAGCCAACUGAGCCAAUAA